AUGCUUCAUAAUGGUGAUAGAGGAUGUCCUGUGUGUCGUUCUGCUCCAAUUGCCCACGAACUAUCAGGAUUCAACAUGAGCAUUGCUGCUGUUAGUGAAGUUCGUCUUCAUGAAGAAGGCAGUCUUAAAGAGUCAGGCAAAUAUAAAACUGAUCUUUCACGA